GGAGGAGAAACGCAUCACUACUGCAGUUGGCGCCAUUUGCUGGUGCGGGAAAACACGGGCACAUUUUCGACGGAGGAAUUUUUCUGUGAUUUGUUCCAUUGAAGGAAACUAUAUUUUGUGUCGGUGAUCUGAGCUCGGUGGCGGUGCGACUCAGCUGCUCCGAUAGAUCGAUGAAAUUCCCAAUUUUCCGUAUACAAGAGCCCUGAGCAAUGGAGGACCGAAGGCUGUUGGAGAGAGAGAGGCAUCAGAUCGAGCAGAUUCUUCAGCUUGAUAAUGAGGAGUUGCAAGUUGAGGAAGUUGACUCCCUCCCCCACUCCGACGAUGAUCGCGAUGCUAUUAAUGGGCAUGGUGGUACUGAGGCCUUUGCUGAAUUUACUUUCAAUUCCUCUUUGACAUCUUUGCAUACGUAUCUUGGUGAGGUUGAGGAUUCUCAUCACAGGAUGGCUUUCUUGGAUGGUGGUGCCAUCCUGAACCUCCCUGUAUUUUAUCUUGAAGGUGUUGUGUUGUUCCCAGAAGCUACUCUACCUCUCAGAGUGAUACAAUCAAACUUUAUUGCUGCCAUUGAGAGAGUAUUAACUCACUUUAACACCCCUAAUACCAUAGGUGUGGUUCACGUCUCCUUGGAUUCUGAUAAUGAGAGACUACAUUUUGCGAAUAUUGGGACAACUGCAGAGAUUCGGCAGUUUGGGAGGUUGGGGGAUGGUUCUCUUAAUGUUCUGGCUAGAGGGAAGCAAUGAUUUCGUCUUAAACGCCGUUGGAUUGAUGUUGAAGGAGUGCCAUGUGGAGAAGUGCAAAUUAUCCAGGAAGAUUUUCCAUUAAGGACUCCACGGGAUGCUUUUGGAGAAUUGACUCCAAGGAGUACUGUUCAGCACCACAGUCUCCCAUGUGCAUUGGCUUCAUAUACUUCUUGCUCUAGAUCAUUUACGUCCGGGGAUGAGGAGGAUAAUUCGGCCUCUAUUUCAGAAGAAAGCUUUGAACGUGAGCUUUCAUUGAGAGAGAGGAAAAUCCACCAAGCAGCAAUUGAUUCCAGAGAGUCUUGUAGUGAUGAGGUGAUAACUGGGUCAGAGGGAAAACACCAACGUGCGAUGUCACAUCUAAAUGACUCUGAUUCUGUAGGAUCAGUGCAUUCUGCCCAUGAGAAGGAAAAUGGAAAAUCUGUCCCUGAUAUAGGAAAGAGUUCUACAUCAGCUUGGGAAUCUAGUGAGAGGAAAGAACUCAAAAGAUGUCGAAGAAACUCAAGUUUUACUCUGAUGCAUGGUGUUUCGAAAGCAUUUUGGCCAUAUUGGGUUUACUCGAUGUAUUAUUCAUAUUGUCUUGCUGAAAAAGCAGCAGCUAUGUGGAAGCAGAUAGUGGGGGUGCCAAACAUGGAUGGCUUUGUGAAGAAUCCAGACACUUUAGCAUUCUAUAUUGCUAGUAAGAUUCCUGUUUCUGAAUGUACUAGACAGGAGCUCUUGGAGAUUGAUGGCAUUUCAUAUAGAUUGCGUAGGGAAAUUGAGUUACUGAAGUCUAUUGAUAUCAUCCAAUGUAAAAACUGCAAGACGGUUAUAGCCCAGCGCAGCGAUAUGUUGGUGAUGUCUAGUGACAGUCCUCUCGGUGCUUAUGUGAACCCUCAUGGUUAUGUGCAUGAAAUAAUGACUCUUUACAGAGCAAAUGGCUUAGCACUUAGAGGACGAGCUGAGACAGAAUACAGUUGGUUCCCUGGGUAUGAGAUUGAUCUGGCUUUUCUUUUUCAUUGAGCGUAUGAGUGUCCUUUUUCUCUCUUUCUUAAAUAGAAGUUGUUCAUGGUUUGGUUACAAAAAAAGUGGAGUUUUCGGGAGAAAAAUUCAAUGUAUGCAUUAAAACUCGUGAAGAUAUAAUAUACAGAAAAAUACAUAAAAGGAAACUAGCUAUAUUAAGCAAAGAAUAUUAACUAAUAAAUGAAAGAAUAAAAUAAACUAGAAUCUUAUGUAAAGAAAAUUAAAUAUUUAAAAAGAAAAAAAUCUACAAAAGGUUAUUGUAUUGUGUUGAUUUUGUUUCUAACACUACAUUAAACUUGGGCAUGAAGUUCACUCGAGGAUUAGUUCCCACUUGAAUUUUCCUCCGGAGGACAAGAAUUGGACUUGGACCUUAGAAGUCGUUUGGGAGCUGGAACCUUUGACCUCAAAUAGGUUAUUGCUAGAUAAUUAUGAAUAGGCAGAUUGAGCAUGAUAUUAGAGAUCUAAACGUGGGAUCAAGACAACGUUUCUUGUGGAAAUCCAUAAAUGUAGUUGAGAAUUAAAAACCAAUGCAAAUAUUCAGAAAAUUUCUGUAUUGUUUUAUGUAAUCUAUCCCUGAUAUAAGAAAGAGCUUCUGAAUUUUAGAUGGAAAUUGGGACUUGGAAUGGGUGUGGUGAUGACUUGUUUGAGUGUAACGGAGUUUGUGUCCCAAUUUUUGUUUCAUGUCAUCGACAUAUUUAUUAAGUUUCAUUUCUUGUC